UAAAAAAAUUAUAUAAAGAAAUUUACUUUAAAAAUGGGUGACAUAGUUAAAGGACAUCCAAAUAUGUCUAUUAAUUCUGAAUAUAGUGCAUCUUGUAAUAAAAUUAUGCAUGUAGCAAAUAAAUACCCAAAACACAUAAUGACACAAUUAAACACUCUAAGACAAAGAACCGAAUUAUGUGAUUUGAUUAUAAAGGUUAAUUCUAAAAGUUUCUUUGCACACAGAGCUGUGUUAAGUGCUGCUUCACCAUAUUUUUAUGCUAUGUUUACUGGAGCAAUGUCUGAAAGCAGAGAAUCUGAAAUUACUUUACAUGAAAUAUCAGAAACUGCGUUAGAGCAAAUUAUAAACUUUGUCUACACCUCGACCAUCUUGAUCGAGGAGUCCAACGUUCAAGCCCUCUUGCCCAUCGCCUGCCUUUUUCAAAUGACGGACGUGCAAGAGGCCUGCUGCGACUUCCUGAGGAAACAACUCGAGCCCGCCAACUGCUUAGGUAUUCGAGCCUUCGCCGAUAUUCACUCAUGCCACGAGCUGCACGAUUUCGCCGACAAGUUCGCCCAGAAUUUUUUCCAGGAGGUUAUAAUUAAUGAAGAGUUUUUGUUAUUGCCAUCUUCUCAAUUGAUAGAAAUUCUUUCAAGUGAUGAUUUGAAUAUUAGAAACGAAGAACAGGUUUUCAAAGCCGUCAUGGCCUGGGUUCAAUACAACGUGGCCGAUAGGAAACAGUAUCUUUAUAAAGUUUUGCAACAUGUUCGGCUCCCUCUAAUGAAGGCAAAAUUUUUGGUGGGCACUGUCGGAAUUCACCCUCUAAUCCGGGGUGAGCCCACAUGUCGCGAUUUGGUCGACGAGGCCAAGGAUUACCUUUUGCUUCCUCUAGAACGGCCAGCCCUUCAAACCACCCGCACUCGCCAUCGUCGGUCCGCUAAUCGAUCCCAAGUCCUCUACGUAGCGGGCGGUUGGUGCAAUGGGGACGCAAUAGCAUCGCUCGAACGUUUUGACUCCGAAACUGGAGAUUGGAAGAUGGGUGCUCCUAUGCAUAAGCGACGAUGCGGUGUAGGCGUAGCCGCACUUAGGGGACUGUUGUAUGCCGUGGGUGGUCACGAUGGUCAGUCCUACCUAGACAGCGUUGAAAGGUACGACCCUGAAACAAACUCAUGGGCAUGCGACGUAGCCCCCACCAGCACCUGUCGGACGAGCGUGGGUGUCGCCGUACUUGACAACUUUUUAUAUGCCGUUGGCGGGCAGGAUGGUAUGUCCUGCCUCAACAUUGUUGAAAGAUAUAAUCCAGUCACUAACAAAUGGACCAGAGUUGCCAGCAUGAAAACUCGAAGGCUAGGAGUAGCCGUGGCUGUCCUGGGACACUAUUUAUAUGCAGUGGGCGGUGCUGAUGGCACUUCACCCCUUAACACAGUUGAACGUUACGACGCUAUUAGUAAUCGCUGGACGAGUGUGAGUGGAAUGCGUCACCGUCGCAAGCACUUGGGUGCGGCGUGUUACAAGGGUUAUGUAUAUGCGGUUGGCGGUCGUGAUGAUACGCGUGAGCUCGAUAGCGUUGAGCGAUACGAUCCGCGCACUGACACCUGGACCCCACUGCCCGAUAUGAAUUCCAGACGAAGCGGGGUGGGUUUAGCGGUGGUCAACGGAUCACUAGUAGCUGUUGGUGGAUUUGACGGGGCCACCUAUCUUAAGAGCGCGGAAGUAUUUGAUCUUGCCCUCGAGGCCUGGCGGGCUUUUGGAUCCAUGAAUUUCAGACGCCUUGGAGGUGGGGUUGGAGUUAUAGACCCCACGGAUACUGCCCUAGCCUUCCCUCUUGAACUCAGCGUUUCUUCUCAAAGUGCUCCCAUUCUACUAUACGAAACUGAAUGUGAUAAUCGCGAGAUUAAGGUGGACCGAUGUGGGUGCCUGCGGUUUCACAUACACCCCCCGGAGCAUGUAUCCUGCCAUACAGACACCUCAUAUGGUAUGGUUAACAAUGUGGGUGACGUUACUAGUAGAAAUGAAGUUACAAUUGGAUACAGUGAUAAAAUGACCAACAUCGUCUGUAUCGAUAGAAGCAAAGUAACGACCGAACACAACAUAUUCGAUUACGAUCGCGUUAGACAGGAUUAUCAUCCUUGCAAGAGGAAUGUCAGUCACAAAAAUGGCUUCGAUUCCUACGUUAAUAAUAGUUAUAGCGAUAAUAUUGAUUCCGAUAAUAUCCUCGAUAGUUGUAGAAUGAUAAAUUACGCAAAAAUUGAGGACAUGACAGAAAAUGAAGACGAAAUUAACGGCGGUGUUGAGCCUGAUCAUCUUAUCACGCCUAUUAUGUCAUCAUCGUAUUUUCCUUACCCAAAGAACCCUAAAUUAUGAUUAUUAACCUCCCUGAAGCUAUCUUCUUCCCAAUUUUAUAUUUCCAAAAUAAUUAUUAUCGUAGAACACAUUUGUUUAAAAAAAAAAAUACAUCUUCUCUCCAAAAUUAUGAUUAUUUAUAUAUAUAUAUUAUGUAUACAAAAUCAAAAUAAUCUUAAUGAAAAAAAUGAUAUAACGGGUGGAUUUUUUUUCUACAUAUAUAUAUAUCCUUAAUAUACUACAACAUUUUUAUUAUUGUUUUUUUUACCCAAGGGGAUUCAGAGCAUUUUUAGGCUGAAAAGAUUUUUUAAAAAUAAUUUACUAUAAGUAAAAAUUAUUUGAAAUAACAAAUUAUGCAUUGUUAAUUAUUGACCCAAAUACAGAGUACGAUCAUAGUAUUUGUUGAUUCUUGAUAUAUUUUUAUUUAUAUAUAUAUAUUUAUAAAAAUGACAGAU